AUUGUUGGUUCUUAUAUAUGGGGGUAGUUAUGGUGAGGUGUCAGGGUUAUUUUUGGAAGAGAAGUAUCACUGUUUUAAAAAGAGAAGCUGUGGGAUUUUGGGAAGGCUAGAAAAGAUAGUAAACGAUCUUCUUCACAAGGGGGAGAAAUGGCGGCCCUAAUCUCACGAUGGGAUCGGCAACAGCAGCGGCUCCGCGUCCAAAGAGGCACCAAUUUUGCACGAAAACUUGGUCUCUUUUCAUCGAGGAAGAAACUCUUUAGGUUCCUAUUAAUUUCCCUCGCCAUUUUUGCAAUUGCUCCCCCUCUCUACUUCCAUUUCAGCCUCCGCCGCUUCCGUCAGAUGCAAUUACGAAAGUGCAGUUGGAUGUCGAGUCCACCUUUAGUGUGUGCUCAUGGAGAAUGCACACCAGCAACUUCCUUCCCUAGUUAUGGACUGCAUCUUGUAGGGCGGGUUCUGUGUGUUGAAAUUUAUGGACACUUUAGCCUUUUGAAGUUAAAUUUUAAGAUGGAUGCUUAUAGAAUUGCUUUAAGCUCUCAAGCAGAUUGUAUUGAGAUUGAUGUAUCUCGUUCUUCAGAUGGAUUAUUGUUAGCUCUUCAUGAUAGGGAUCUGCAGCGACUAUCUGGAAAUACUUCUUCUAAAGUUGGUUAUUUGAGCAGGAAAGAGAUUGCAGAUCUGGGUUCCGAACAUCACCAAUCCUUGGAGUUCAGUGAUUUAAACAUCCCAACCAUUGAAGACGCAUUAAGGUUAGUAUCAGGUUCAGUUAAGCAGGUGAUUCUCGAUGCUAAAGUUGGGCCUCCACUAUAUGAGAAAGGACUAGCAAAAGAUAUCCUUUCUGUUGUAGAAAGAACCAAUUGCAAGAACUGCGUUGUCUGGGCGAAAAGUGACAGCCUGGCAAGGGAACUGAUUAGAUUAUCCAAUGAUACAAUGGUGGGAUACAUUGUAAUGAUGGAUCCAUCAAAUGGAACUAGGAUGCAGUUGUUGAGGAUGAGAGGCGCUGGGGUGGUUGGCGUCUACCACCCAUUAAUCGAUGAGAAACUUGUGAAAAUCCUCCAUGAGAGGAAGAAGAAGGUUUUCGCGUGGACAGUUGAUGAGGAGUCGUCGAUGCAGAAAAUGUUGCUGGAACGUGUAGAUGCAGUGAUAACGGGCAAUCCUUCUCUGCUUCUGCAAGUUAUGCAAGAUCGCAGGAAGCAAUGCUUCAAGGAAGGCUUUUCUUUCACUUCUUAGAUGCUGCCCCAAUCUUCAUUAGAUCCUCACUCAUGUAUCUUGAAAUGGAAUUUUGUUUUAGUCGAUUGACAUUACUCAACUCUCUCGAAUGAGCAAAUUUUUUAGUAAUAACAGCGGCUCCUUGGACA